CGGAGAGGGCGGGGCCAGCUCCGGGACCGAGGCGACUACCCACCGAGCGAGCGCCUGUGCCCGAGGGCAGCGAUGCUGUGGUUCCAGGGCGCCAUUCCGGCCGCCAUCGCGUCGGCCAAGAGGAGCGGCGCGGUCUUCGUGGUGUUCGUGGCAGGUGAUGAUGAGCAGUCUACACAGAUGGCUGCAAGUUGGGAAGAUGAGAAAGUGACAGAAGCAUCUUCAAACAGUUUUGUUGCUAUUAAAAUCGAUACCAAAAGUGAAGCCUGCCUACAAUUUUCACAGAUCUAUCCUGUAGUGUGUGUUCCAUCCAGUUUCUUUAUUGGAGACAGUGGAAUUCCCUUGGAAGUAAUAGCAGGAAGUGUUCCUGCAGAUGAACUUGUUACCAGAAUCCACAAAGUCCGGCAGAUGCACUCGUUAAAAGGUGAAAUAUCAGUGGCAGAUAGAGGCCAGUCAGAAAGUUCAGUCUCUACUUCAUCCACCUCAUUUGAACAUAACAACACUUCUGAAAACUGUCAGUCCAGAAAUGUAGAGCUCUGUGAGACACCACCCACUUCUGAUACAAAGUCAGAUUCUGCAACAGGAGGAGAAAUUUCAGGCCAGGCCACUGUGUCUCAAGAGCCUGGUGGAUGUUCAAAUCAGAGACCUACAGAGGAGCUCACCAUCAGAGUGGAAAGACUAACCAAAAAACUUGAAGAAAGGAGAGAAGAGAAAAGGAAAGAGGAAGAACAGAGAGAGAUUAAGAAGGAAAUUGAGAGGAGGAAAACUGGAAAAGAAAUGUUGGAUUAUAAAAGAAAGCAAGAAGAAGAAUUAACAAAAAGAAUGUUAGAGGAAAGAAACAGAGAAAAGGCAGAAGAUAGGGCAGCUCGAGAGCGUAUAAAACAGCAGAUUGCACUGGACCGUGCAGAGAGAGCUGCUCGUUUUGCAAAGACAAAGGAAGAAGUAGAAGCUGCUAAAGCUGCUGCCCUGCUAGCCAAACAGGCAGAAAUGGAAGUCAAGAGAGACUCUUCCACAAAAGAAAGAAGCAGUGUUGCGAGAAUUCAAUUCCGUCUUCCUGAUGGUUCUUCCUUUACAAAUCAGUUCCCUUCUGAUGCUCCUCUAGAAGAAGCAAGGCAGUUUGCUGCACAGACCGUUGGCAACACUUAUGGUAAUUUUUCAUUAGCAACAAUGUUUCCCAGGAGGGAAUUUACCAAAGAAGAUUAUAAAAAGAAAUUACUGGAUUUGGAACUUGCCCCAAGUGCUUCAGUGGUACUGUUGCCAGCAGGAAGACCAACUACAUCCAUGGUACAUUCUUCCAGUGGCGACUUUUGGACAUUCUUGGGGACAGUACUUUACCCAUUCCUUGCCAUCUGGAGAUUGAUUAGCAACUUCUUAUUCAGUAAUCCUCCUCCUGCACAGACCUCGGUGAGAGCAGCAUCAUUGGAAUCCUCAAACCUUGCAUCGUCUGGCAACUCAGAAAAAAGGGAACCAGUCAGAAAAAGAGUGCUGGAGAAACGGGGGGAAGACUUUAAAAAGGAGGGCAAGAUAUACAGAUUGAGGACUCAAGACGAUGGUGAAGAUGAAAACAACACUUGGAAUGGAAAUUCUACUCAACAGAUGUAGUGUGACAAGUACAAUAUGUGCAGUAAUCAUUGUUUCUCUUACGAUUUAAUUCAACUAAAAUUCUGCUGGAGAAGUGGGACUGCUUUAUGUUUUCCAACUCAUCUACAAAAUGUCUCUUUAUUCCUGCUUAGUGGGUUAAAGUUGUUUAACCUCAGACAAGUCAAGAGAUAAAAUAACUGGCUGCUAGGUCCUUGUAUAUGGUAACCAACUGCUAGAAGCCUAAAAUAACAAAAGGUCUGCGACAGCCUCCCUUUAUCAGCUUUCUUGUUUAGUAUUUCAUAUGCCCAUUAGCCCUGUGCUCUCAGAUGAUAUGUUUUGUUUAGGGCUGUUUUGCUCCAGAACUCCUCAGCCCACACAAAGUAACUGGUAUGUCACUGAAUAAUUUGAUUUUGAGUCAGAGCGUUUUAACUAGCCAAUCAGAUGAUAAUUUGGGUUUAACUUUUCUCUUCUUGCUCAUCAGCUGCAAGCAAAAUCUUGUAGUUUUUAAUCUUAAACACUGAAUAAAAAAAUCUUUUCCAAAAA